GGACCUCAUAUGUCAACGCAAACAAUUUACAAAACUAAUAACUAUGUCAAAAUUAAUUCUAAAUUUUGUGUAAUAACAAAAACAUUUACAUAAUUUAAUAUUGUCCAAAAAUCCAUGUAAAAUUUAUUCAAUUCCUUACUAAAGCACAGGAUGGCUGAAAAAAGUGAAAGCACAAGCGAGACAAGCACUCCAAAACAGGAAGACAAGUCCACUGGCAACUGGUGGGACUCGUGGAUCACAUCUGCCAAGACCAAGUCUGCGGAAGUGUACUCAAUGGUCAAGAAGGACUUGGAUGAAAUCGGUACAGCUGUUAAAAGCGAGGCCAGUCAUGUGUUCACAUCAACAUCAAAUGUCAUCGGCAAGACUCUUAAGUUGGAUGUUCCUGAAUCACCAGCGAAUGUCAUGAAGAAAAGUUUAAGCACCUUUAUAGGUCAAGUCAGCACAGUACUGAACCCCGAGCCGGAAGAUGAUGAUGACACCGAAGUCAUCUUGUCAUCCGGAGACACCAUCAUGCUAUCGACAUAUAAGAAAGAGUUAGAAGCCCUCCAGCGUGUGGAUGCGACGUAUAUAGUUCCAGCGGACUGUCCAGAGUUCGAUGCCUGGCGCGCUACCCUCGAGCCCGGGCUGGAGUCGCCGGAGAAGGCCCUCAGACGAAUGAAUGCGAGUCCCGUACUAAGAGAACAAUAUGAAAGAUUAGUCCCAGAUGCCGUCUCUCACGAGGACUUCUGGAACAGGUAUCUGUUCCGAGUGGCUCUUCUUCAGGACCAGCUGUGCGCGUCAUCUCGCCGUCUUCCUCAGGCCACGAGCGACCCCGUACUUGCGCACCUGCCACCAGUCGUGGACCAGAGUCCCAAAAAAGUUCUUUCUGGUAUUAUCACAGAUGAUAACGAACCAGACACCGAUAAUGUGACGUGGGAGGACGAGGAUUUUGCAAAUGACCUUGAAUUAACCGAAGAACAGCAAAUACUGCUCCUAGAAGAAUACGAAAAGGAAAUCACGUCAAAGAGAAAAUCUAACAGAGAUUCUAUAAACAAUAACAAACAGAAAGACAUAACGGACACGAAUCAGAAUAUAAAAACACCACAGAAAUAUAAGACAGAUGAAUGUGGCAACAAUUUAGUUGAGGAUUAUUUUGGGGAAAAGGAGGUUAAAGAUGACGCGAGCGCCAAUUCGGAUGAGAGUUGGGAGAAGUUUGAGAAAUGAUGAUGUUGCCAGUUUUAUUUAACAGCUGCUAUAUAAAAAAAUAUAUAUAUAUUUAAACAGAUUAUCAUUGAAAUAUUUGCAACUGGCAACCCAAAUGGGUAUUAACAGCAACAUACUGGCAACUUUAAUAGCUUAGUUAUAUAAAAUGUUUUAGAUUUUACAUUUUAUUUAGGAUUUACAUGGUUCACAUAAUUUGAGCACUAAUAUGAGUGCACAAAAUUGGGUGCAAUACAACAAAAGAAUAUAUUAAUAAUUUUUACAUAGGAUUUUCAGAAGCUAACAUAUAAUAUGUUAGGCAUGAUAUAAAAAAAAAACAUAUUUUAUAUACAUUAAUGAGAAAUUUAU